AUGACCGAAACAACAAGUUAUUCGGGGAAUGGGCUUGUCCUUGUUAAAAACCCACAUCUGGACCUGAUGGAGGAGGAUGUCCUGUACCACUUGGACUUGGGAACGAAGACGCACAACCUGCCAGCAAUGUUUGGGGACAUAAAGUUUGUGUGCGUGGGCGGCAGCCCCAACAGGAUGCGGGCGUUCGCGCAGUUCAUGCAGCGGGAGCUGGGGCUGGCGGCUGCCGGCGAGGACGUGGCUGACAUCUGCGCGGGCUCGGACCGCUACGCCAUGUACCGGGCAGGGCCCGUGCUCUCCAUCAGCCAUGGAAUGGGCAUCCCUUCCAUUUCCAUUAUGCUUCAUGAGCUGAUCAAACUGCUGCACCACGCAAAAUGCCGGGACGUUACUAUUAUACGCAUCGGUACUUCUGGGGGCUUAGGGAUCGAGGCUGGGUCUGUUGUGAUCACUGACACGGCCGUGGACUCCUCCUUCCAGCCACGUUUUGAGCAGGUGGUGCUGGGCGAUGUGGUGGUGCGGAGCACCGAGCUGGACAAGGACCUUGCGGAGGAGCUGCUCGCCUGCAGCAGGGACAUUCCCGACUUCCCCACGCUCAUUGGCCACACCAUGUGCACCUACGACUUCUACGAAGGUCAGGGAAGAUUAGAUGGUGCAUUAUGCUCUUUUUCCAGUGAAAAAAAGUUGGAGUACUUAAGGAGGGCUUAUGAGGCCGGUGUGAGGAAUAUUGAGAUGGAGUCCAGUGCAUUCGCUGCCCUGUGUAGACUGUGUGGCCUCAAAGCCGCCGUCGUGUGCGUGACUCUCCUGGACCGGCUGGAAGGGGACCAGAUCCGGGCGUCCCACGAGGUGCUGUGGGAGUACCAGCAGCGGCCGCAGCGCCUGAUCGCCGCCUUCAUCCGCAAGCGCCUGGGGCUCACCCGCACGGACUGAGGCGGCGGCGGCAGCACGGGGCCCGGCCCGGCCCACGGAGCCCGCUCCGCAACGGUAGAGCUGCGGGCCCGGGCUGCCCGGAGCCAGCGGACACCGCGGCGCGGCCGGGACCGCCCUGACGCCGUCUGCGCUGGCAGCAAGCUCAGGCUGUGGAACAGAGCUGCAGACUCCUCACUCCUGCCUCCAGCCGCCGUAAAGGACUGUCCUGCUAGGGUCACUCCUGUCCGCAGCGAUCUUCCAGGAAGGAGUAAAGACAAAACUCAAGUAAAUAACAUGAAAAUUAAUCCGUCUUUGUGACCAGCCAAGGGGUCUGCAGAGCUCUCCUGGCAUGAGCAGCUGUGUGAAACACCCUUUUACUGCCCUGCGUGUUCUCCAUGCUCCACUAUUUUGUGAAACCCCCCCAAAAAUCCUUCUGGCCUCACUGUAUCACUAAAGGCCCCGACUUACCGUUGCACUGAGGUAGCCCAGACUUCUAUAGACUUCUACUCAGUCUCUACCCUGAGACAUUAAGGAUGUGGAAGCAACCACAAGUCUCAGCCUAAAAAUCUGUGCCCACUAUUUCAAAAACCAAUAUCUGUUCCCUUUAAACUUUCUUUUUCAUUAACAUCUUGGUAUUUAUAAAAUAUGAUAACUAUAAUCUCAAAUUCAGUGGUGCAAUUUUUUUUAACUUGUAGAUUGCCUUUAAAAGGCAAGGGGAAAAAAAAAUCAAUUGCCUAGGUUUGGGAUGAUGCCUUUCUGGGAAUUGCUGGUCUCCCCACAGGAAUAUCCAGGGAAUAUCCCCACAGGAAUAGCCGGCUGUGAGGUGUCCAAGUGUGUUUUAAAAAUAACGAGUUUCCCCAAAGGAGAUACCAAAAUAAAAAGCACAAAUAUUCACAGAAUUGUAAUUUUAGCACAAGCACACCAAGGCUGAGUCCAGAAGACAUCACUGCCCCAGCUCAGGGCAGGCUCUGCAGCAUUUCCCCACUAAACUCAGCUGCAACACUGGGAUUAUGCUGCUUCUGGGCUGACCCUGUGCUCACUCUCAGGAGUCUGUCACACCAGAAAAUAAAGAUCCCAGCUCUAUUUAUAAUUUAUAUGAAAAACUAAACUGCAAUAUGAAAUUGAAUGAAUGGUUUGCAGUAAAUAUGAUGCAGCAAGUUGCCUUCUAAAUAUAGACAAAGGUUUAUGUUUCAUCAUAAUCAAGGAAUAUUAGAAACAUUCAUGGCAAUGAAGAUUUUAUAACUAAAAAAAUCAAAUUCUCAAGAAACCUGGAAAGAAAAUUGUGGGAUUUAUUCAUGUAACAUAAUAAAAUCUAAAGUAACUGCUGUGCUAAG